AUGGAAUCACGAGGAAGAAAAAUUUUAAGUAUGGUUCUUGAUGAUCAAGCCAAUAGGCAUACCGAGGCUACUGAGGAGCCUCAGAUUGCUGAGUAUUUAGAAUACACCUGUGUUAAUGAAAAGGACCACAAUACGGCAAUAACUAUUCCAAACAUUAAUUCAUCGACGGAUUCGUCGAAGAGAACAAUGGUUGAAAAAUGGAUAGAUAGUAAUAACUUUGAAAAUCAGGAUCCUAUGCUGUUAAACAGUGAGACUUCAGAAGCAGUAAAUACACCCACUAUAACUGCAUCGGAUACAGAUGAUAUUACGGUUGAGAAAUGCACAGACAGCAAUGACUAUAAAAUUCAGAAGCCUAUGUUAGUGGAUAUUUCGGACGGAGUAAACCCACCCAUUAUAAAUAAAACCUCAGGUAAUGAGGAUUCCGAUUCCUCAAAUAAUGGAGGUUUUUCACCAUCAGAAGGUUCAGAAUAUAAGCCUCCAAGUUGUGCGAGGGAGAUUGAACGCAACACUUCUAGUUCCAGCAGUAGCUCUUCUAGUUCCAGCACCAGGUCGCCUCAGCCUAUUACGGUUGAUUUGGAAAAUGAUGAAGGUAAUAUUGAAACAGAACCAACUUUCCGCACAAAUGAGGAUAAUGUUGUCCUAGAAUCGAAUAGAAAACGGUCUAGAAAAUGUGAAAGAAAUAUGAGUGUGUGGAAACAAGUUAUAUCGAAGCAUUUAAAGAACAGUGGCCUAGAGUAUAUAACAAAGAGAGGAAAAGUUGUAGCAGCAAAAUCUAUUCUUCCUCCUUGCACUAACAAAUGCCGACUAUCGUGUUCCACUAAAGUUUCUUCUGAAAAGAGGAACAUCAUUUUUAAAUCCUACUGGGAACUGGGAACACAUCAAAGACAAAGAGAUUUUCUUGCGUCCUGUGUCAAACAAAUUCAUCCUGCAACCCGAAGAGUCACAGUCACUGUUAAUAGCACCUGUAAGGAACCAAGAAAACCAAACUCGAGCUUCUACUUUAUAAUAGAUGGAAAAGUAGUUAGGGUUUGUCGGACAUUUUUGCUAAAUACAUUGGUUAUUGGUGAAAAAACUUUACGAAAUGUAAUUGACAGUGUAUCUAUUCAUGCUUUGAGUGUGAGUUUUACUGAUAAACGUGGAAAACACGGCAAACAUUGUAAACUUACUGAUGAAGAAAUACAAUCAGUUCAUGACCACAUAAAUUCGAUCCCACGGACGGAGAGUCAUUACCUAAGGGCGAAUACAACUAGAGAAUACAUAGAUGGAAGUUUAUCCUAA